UCUUCUUCCUCUUCGUCUUCUUCUCUCGAGUUUCAGAAUCCUGAUCAGACGGAAGCGCGGGGCAGAGCGAGUAAUAAGCGUGCCAGAAGGAGUGGUCGUGGUAACGGUAACGGUAACGGCAAUGGUGAUGAUGGUGAUAAUAGGUCGAAUACGGUGAGAGCUAUAAGGUCGAGGUCUUCCGCCAUUAAUGGCGGACGAAGUUCCGUUUACAGAGGAGUCACCAGGCAUCGAUGGACUGGGAGGUUCGAAGCUCAUCUCUGGGAUAAGAGUUGCUGGAACAAUCUCCAGAACAAGAAGGGACGACAAGUUUAUUUGGGGGCUUAUGAUAAUGAAGAAGCUGCUGCGAGAACCUAUGAUCUUGCUGCUCUUAAAUACUGGGGAAGAGAUUCAACAUUGAAUUUCCCGAUAGAAAUGUAUACGAAGGAGCUUGAGGAAAUGGAGAAGGUCACAAAAGAAGAGUACUUAGCUUCACUGCGACGGCAAAGCAGUGGAUUUUCUAGAGGGGUUUCUAAGUAUCGAGGAGUAGCUAGGCAUCACCAUAAUGGUCGAUGGGAAGCUCGGAUUGGAAGAGUAUUAGGCAACAAGUAUCUCUACUUGGGUACAUACAGUACUCAAGAGGAAGCAGCCACAGCUUACGACUUGGCAGCUAUCCAAUACAGAGGCGCAAAUGCGGUGACCAAUUUCGACAUUAGCAGAUACAUUGACAAGAUCACCCUCAUCAACCAGAACAACAAUGGCGAAUCCCAGCAAGUUCAAACUGUAAUCACAAUACCAUCACAAGUGGAAGAAGAUGAAUAUGAAGAAGAAGAAGAAGAAGAAGAAGCACCUCCCCAUUCAUCCUCUUCCCCCUGCUCCUCCUCCGAGUCAGAAAAUCUGCAGAAUCAGAAGCAACCACCACAACAGCAGCUACAAGACCAAGAAAUCGAACCAGAAAAUCCUCAAAUUCACCCUAUUCAGAUCUCUCCACCGAACGAAGAAUCCGUUCCGAUUGCUCCUGUGGAGCCUACUACGACCACCGAUGAACAGGAGCUUCCAUGGAUAUUCAUGGACGACGACGGAUUCUCGCAGUUUAGGGUUCCAGAUCUUCCUGACGUCGACCUACUGAGCGCGUUCGGUGAUGGUGCACGAAGAUUCGACGACGACAUUGGAUUUCUAUUCAGGCCAGAUCCCGAGGAGGCCGAUUUCAACCUGGACGCGAUUUUGAGCAGCCCGAGCUGUGGAGAUCUGGCGAUGGCGGAUUCAAGGAGGAUGAUGGCGGAGGAUUAUGAUUGUGGGCAAGAGAAGAAGUUGCUAUGUUCCGCAAAAUCUGCUUCUUGUUCACCAAACUCUUCGAUUUCUUGUUCCGAUUAUACUUCAUGAUCGACCUUUGAGGUGGAUGGAUUGAUGGAGACAUUGUUGGAUCUGCUUUGAUUUGUUGUGUGCUUUUGUGAUAGGUAGUUGGUGAAUUGUGCAGCGUUCUUCAUGGCUUUGCCUUAAUCCAUCCAUACAAACUUUUUUUCGUUCU